UGCCUAGCCUAGGCUCUCUCUCUAUGCCUGGUGCCACCUCAGUAUCCCAGCAGCUGUGGUACUCGAAGGGGUGACUGGCUGACGGAACCUUCUUCUCUUGGACCUUCGGAGGAACCGGUAUCGGAUCUGACGUGACGCGAUGAGUGGUGAAAGUGAAAAUGACAAGAAGACGCAAGUGCGGGUGUGGUGCGAUGGAUGUUAUGACAUGGUUCACUUUGGCCAUGCCAAUUCCUUGCGUCAGGCUAAGGCCAUGGGAGAUUACUUGAUUGUUGGCGUACACACAGAUGAAGAAAUUGCCAAGCACAAAGGCCCACCUGUAUUCACACAAGAAGAAAGAUACAAAAUGGUCCGAGCAAUAAAAUGGGUUGAUGAGGUCAUUGAAGGUGCUCCGUACGUUACGACAAUAGAAACCUUAGAUAAAUACAACUGUGACUUUUGCGUACAUGGAGAUGACAUCACAAUGACAGCUGAUGGAGUUGAUACCUACCACAUAGUAAAAAAAGCCCAAAGAUACAAAGAAUGUAAGAGAACAGAAGGCGUCAGCACAACUGACUUAGUUGGGAGAAUGCUUCUAAUGACUCGACAACACCAACAGGUGGGAGAGGCAGAGUAUCGAGUAGAGCGCAGUCACUCUGAUAGUCUAGGUACAGACGCAAGUGCUCAAUCACCGUGGACUGGGGUUACGCAGUUCCUCCCAACAACACAAAAAAUUAUGCAGUUUUCUUCAGGCCUUACACCAAAAACAGGUGAUAAGAUUGUUUAUGUAGCGGGUGCCUUUGACUUAUUCCACGUAGGCCACCUUGACUUCCUAGAAAAAGCUCGCCAGGAGGGUGAUUUCUUGAUAGUUGGGCUUCACACAGACCCAGUCGUCAACCGUUAUAAAGGUGCAAACUAUCCUAUCAUGAACUUACACGAGCGUGUUCUGUCAGUAUUAGCUUGCAAGUAUGUUAGUGAGGUUGUGAUUGGUGCUCCAUACUCUGUUACUUCGGACCUCAUGGACCAGUUGAAAGUGGAUUUGGUGUGCCACGGAAUGACCGAACUCAUGCCAGAUGUUGAUGGAAGUGACCCUUAUGUUGAAGCAAAAAACAGAAGUAAAUUCAAGAUACUUAAUUCUGGAAAUGAAAUGACAACACAGAGGAUAGUUGAAAGAAUUAUUGAACACAGAUUAGAUUACGAAGUCCGCAAUAAAAAGAAGGAAAAGAAGGAGAAGGCUGCAUAUGCCGCAUAUAUCAAAGCCAAAGAGGAAGGGAGAGUGGACAUUGCACCCGUGAAGGUUGAGUGACAUUGCGCCCUGGUCUAAAGGACCCGAAUUUGGAAUAGGAUGCAAUUGUUUGAAGUUUUAUCCUGAAGAUGCACGUUGUUAAGAGGCACUGUCACCUUUUACAGUUUUUGGAAAUAUUUGGGCACCAGUAAUACCUAAUGUAUUUGAUUGAAAUAUAUAAUAUAUAUAUACCAUGUAUAUUGCAUUCAUUAAUAACCUAUUAUGUGCUACACUGCAGGAGAUAAAAUCAUUUGAACCACCACAUUAUCUUGAAUGUGUAUGAUAACCAACAACUAAGUAAACCGAAUGAAACCA